AUGGAUUCCGACGAUGACUUCAACAGCUCCAUGAGCGGGGAGGAUUUCGAGGACCAGGACAGCGAUAUGGAUAUCGAAGACGACUCCGACUUUGACAUGGACCAGGACGAUGUGGGGUUUGAAACGCAGGACAAGGACAUCAAGCCUACGAAACAGGCUCACGAGGUCGACUUCAAGGUCUUUGACCCCGCACAAAUUCAGGCGCAGCAAGACAAGCAGAUCGAUGAGCUCUCGAGCAUACUUAUGCAGCCACCGGAGGCUUCCGCAAUUCUUCUACGAUAUAUGCGGUGGAACAAGGAACGUCUGAUCGAACAAUACAUGGAGAAGACAGAGGAGGUACUCGAGAGCGCAGGGCUAGGGCAGGACGCUGAGAGUAACCCGCCCAAGCUACAAAGGAUCCAGGGCUUUUGCUGUGACAUCUGCUGUGACGACAGCCCCGACAUGGAUACAUUCGCAAUGAAGUGCGGGCACCGAUUUUGCGCAGACUGCUACAGGCAGUAUCUUGCGACCAAGAUCCAGGACGAGGGCGAGGCUGCCAGGAUACGAUGCCCGGGUGAGGGCUGUACCCGGAUUGUUGAUUCCAAGUCGCUGGAUCUUCUUGUUGCAGCAGACCUUCGUGGCAGAUACCACGUACUCAUCACUCGAACGUACGUCGACGACAAAGAGAACCUCAAGUGGUGCCCGGCGCCCGAUUGCAAAUACGCUGUGCAGUGCGGUGUGAAGAGCAAGGAACUCAAUAAGGUGGUGCCAACUGUUCACUGCGACUGCGGGCACCUGUUCUGCUUCGGAUGCACAUUAGCCGACCACCAGCCCGCGCCAUGCUCGUUAGUGAAGAAGUGGUUGAAGAAAUGCGAGGACGACAGCGAAACCGCAAACUGGAUAUCAGCCAACACAAAAGAAUGCCCAAGAUGCGUCUCGACUAUAGAAAAGAACGGAGGCUGUAACCACAUGACAUGCAGAAAGUGUCGACACGAAUUCUGCUGGAUGUGUAUGGGUGUGUGGUCAGAGCACGGCACCAGCUGGUACAACUGCAAUCGCUUUGAGGAGAAGAGCGGCUCCGAUGCCAGGGACGCGCAAGCUAAGAGCAGACAAUCGCUCGAGCGAUACCUCCACUACUACAACCGAUACGCCAACCAUGAACAGUCCGCGAAACUUGACAAGGACAUCUACCUCAAGACGGAGAAGAAGAUGCAGCAAUUGCAAAACUCGACGGGCAUGUCGUGGAUUGAAGUCCAAUUCCUUGACCAAGCGUCGCAGGCGCUUCAGCAGUGCCGCCAGGUCCUCAAGUGGACGUACGCUUUCGCGUACUACCUGGCGCGAAACAAUCUUACCGAGAUCUUUGAGGACAACCAGAAGGAUCUUGAAAUGGCUGUCGAGAACCUCAGUGAGAUGUUUGAGAAACCGAUCGAUCAAUUGCAGGGACUGAAAGUUGAGAUGAUGGACAAGACAUCCUAUUGCACCAAGCGACGCAUCAUCCUGCUCAACGACACAGCUGAGAACCUCAAGCAAGGCAAUUGGGAAUUUAUUGUAUCCCUCACAUGA